AUGGUAAAAAUACCAUUGCACGUAGAAAAAUUCAUGCUAUACACACUAUUAGCAUCAUUUGAUUCAUUUCUCUACUAUUUCACAGUGUUACCCAUGAAAAUAGUGGUAGAUUUUUGCAGAAAGCCCAAUCUUUCAAGCUGGAUUAGAAAGACAUAUAAGGAAAGACUGACAUUGUUUAUGAUCCUUGUAUCUUCAUUUGUUUUGAGCAGACUAGACACGUCAAAAGUAUAUCAUAAAGUAAAGAGACAAAGUGUUAUGAAACUAUACAUGCUUUUUAGUAUAUUAGAAAUCGCUGACAAGAUGCUUUCUACCAUGGGACAAAGUUUGGUUUCAGUCUUACUGUCAAAAAGAAAUCAUGACGUCCAUUAUAGAUACAAGCAGAUUUUAUUAGUCCCAAUAUGUUCACUAUAUCUAAUCUGUCAUGGGUUUCUAUUGAUAUACCAAUCUAUUGCAUUAAAUGUGGCAGUAAAUUCAUAUUCUAACUCAUUAUUAACAUUAUUAUUAUCGAUACAAUUUGCAGAGAUAAAGGCUUCAGUCUUCAAAAAAUUUGAUACAGAAGGUUUAUUUCAAAUCACCAUUUCUGAUACCGUAGAAAGAUUCAAAUUAGUCAUUUUAUUAUUGAUAAUAAUUAUCAGAAAUUUUAGUGCCAUGCCACUAAGUCUCAACAUGUUCAAGUCCUUCGGAAUUAAGAAUGAAUUUUCAAUUUUCAACCUAGUACCAAGAUUGUGGAUUCCCAUGAUCACUUUUGUAGGAAGUGAAAUACUGAUCGAUUGGAUUAAACAUGCAUACAUAAUCAAAUUCAAUAGGAUAAGACCCAUAAUGUACGAUAAAUUUUAUUACAUCAUGUAUAAAGAUCAUUCAACAAGUUUUCGUAAAUAUCAAGAUAGAUUGGGCCUACCACUCCCCGCAUACGUUAUAAUUUCGAUUGUUAUGAUCCGUCCAACUAUCCAUCAGAUGUUACACACAUCUCACUCAUCUUUUUUAACUUCAAUUCUGGUUAGCUCCUUCAUUAUCAUGAUAAUUUUUAUUGCGCUAAGUUUCCUCAAAUUUUCCAUUCAUACCAUUUUAGUGAAGUGGGAGAAAAGAAUAGAGCUCGACUGGACAAAAAAGCAAAACAACACUGUCGUAUCAGCUAAUGAUUUUGUCCCUGGCCUUGUCAGUGAUGGUAGAGGACAGAUGGAUCAUCAAGCGAGAGAGAUUAUAUUUUCUGACAUGUCGGAGAAGACUGUAGAGACCAAGGCCCCUUCUUCUGCUAAUGUUGGACAACUGCAAAACGGAGGUACUUGUAAGGGGGCAGGUUCGUUGGAAAGUGUAUCAAGAUAUAAAAUGGUCUCCAAAAGAAUAUGGUAA